CUAACAAGCCACACGCUAGCAUGGCGCAGCGUAUUGGCUAUGGAUCGGCAUGGCAUGUAAUUUGCUGCCCUCCCGUCGUCAGAUGGCCGAAAAGGGCAUCCUCGGCCAAGUCGAUAUGGCCUGUUGGCGACGCCCAACACACCUUUCUUUUGCUACCUGUCUGACUCCCCCGAGGGCGCACCCACCUCUAGAUCCUAUUGUCUUGUCCUUCAUUCACUCGCCUGUGGACUCAUGUCAGCCUCGUGUUAUCCCAGUCCCCUCGUUUGCAAACCGUCCCCAGGGCGAUGAUGUGGAAACCGCCACGUUCAGCAGACGUCGGCUCUCUCACGGGAUCGGCCGGAGCAGCUACGGUUUACACGGUCCUAGCGCAUUGCCUCUCCUCCGAGCGUGCGGAAUUACCGUCCGAGUUGCUCUGCUGGCUCAUCUUGCCGAUUCUUUUUCGAAGUGCUCACGCCCAUGCGAAAAGGUACGGUGGCGAUGACUCGAAGUUCUCCAAGGCGGUUCUCCCUAGCAACACCAAACAGGCCGUCGAGCCUGCGCCCUCUUCAGCGUCCUUGUGGAUUGUUGCGAUAGGGGUCGUUGCAGUUUCCAUCUACAAGGCCGAGUGCAAAAGGUUUAUAGCUUUCUUUCCGCUUUUAUCCCCGAUUCUCUUAGCCGUCCAACAGUAUGCCUUCCAAUCCGAGCCCGCCUCCGAACCUUUGCUCCAGCCGACCACCCAUUCGAGAAUAUCCGCAUUUGCCUUUGAUACGAUACCAGGGACCCUUUCGGCGGGGCUUCUCUCAACGCUCGUGCUGUCAGGUGGUGACCUCCGGGCCUCGGCGCUGUCAAUUGUCCCCGUCGUCGCGAUGCUGGUCGUAUACGCCGCCCUCGAACACGGCAGCACGACUGAACGGACGCGGUUCUUUUCACGUCUCGACAUCCAGAGGUCCAUCUUGCCACUUGCGUUUCGGGUCUUCAUCCUGUUGGCUGUCUGUCUUGCCAUCGAUACCGCCCUGUUCGGCUUCCGGACAGCUCAUGUGCCAACCACCAUCGCCUUGGGCACUACCAAAGCUCUCUCUUGGUACUUUACAGCAAGAGCGGCCAACGAUGCGUCCUGGCGGAUUGCGCCCGCCAUAGGAACAUUUGGUAUCGCGUCCACUCGCGACCCGUUCACACAGCCCUCAGAGACCCGUGCACUAUCAAACAUUGCAGUGUCACUCUUGUCUCUGGCCUCGGUGUCUCACAUGACCCCACAGACGUCGAGAACAAGAUCGACGCUAUGGAUUCUGGCCCUCGUGUCAUUGGGUCCGUAUUUCACCAACGUCAUCGCCAUCGCCGCCGCGAGGUCCGCGGCGCAGAGCUUUGCCGGCCACAGCCACAAGCAUCCCGUCGAGAUGCUCAGCCGUGCCGGAGAUGCCAAGUUCGAAAACUUGCUGAGAACGCAGUCGCAGAACUACACCGAGGCACACGACGAAUACAGGCGGCGGUACGGGCUGGAGCCGCCACCAGGCUUUGAGGCAUGGUAUGAGUUCGCAGCAGCCAACGAAUCCCCCGUUAUCGACGAUUUCGAUUCGAUAUUCAACGCCGUGUCGCCAUUCCUCGCCUUGAGUGGCGAAGAGUUUGGCAAAGUGAUGCGUGAUGCUUACCAUGCGCCGGGUAGCGACCUAUGGUUAUGCUCAUUCUCCAAGGCACGAGCCGAAACUCACUGCGAGCAUCCAUAUCGCACUUUCGAUAGACAUAUUGCGGCAUCUUUUAGCAGCAGGCUGCAGGGGUUCAACGGGGGCCCUAUUCCCGACACGCAGUUCAUCGUGAACCAUCUUGAUGAACCACGAGUCAUGGUGCCGCCCAUGGGAACUAGAGAUGGAGGAAAGGGGGACGCCUUGCGCAACGGACGAUAUAAUCUUAAGAACAUGUCAGGACGACCAGUUCACCACGAAGUUGUCAAGUACUGCGAAUCUCAAGAACUCCCGUUGUCCCAUGAUGAAGGCAUGACCGAAACCAUCAGUUCCAGCAACCAGAUCUACGGCCUUCCCUUCAUCUCGCACCCGUCAUUAGCUACGGACCUGUGCCGACAACCCGAAAAAGGCGCUCUGCACGGUCUCAUUGCACGACCGCAGUCUUUUCGCCUCAUCGAGGGGCUAGUGCCGGUGCUCUCUACAGGAUCGCUAUCAACGAUGGGCGACAUUCUGUUUCCGAGCCCGGCAUACCUGGAGCCCGAGUUCAUAUACGACGAGAGGCACGACGUGGAGUGGUCCGAGAAGCGCAAUGACGUCUACUGGGCGGGCUCCAACACCGGCGGUCUCGCCUCCGACGAGCACUGGAUGAAUUACCAACGCCAGAGGUUCGUGGCGCUCGCGCAGAACUUGCAGAAGCCCGAGAAGCAGGAGCAUGUCUAUCUGAGGCACGUCGACGGCGUUGUUGAGCGCGUGAAGUCGUCGUUCCUGAACAGCAGGUUGUACGACGUCGCCUUCACGCGCAUAUUCCAGUGUGAGAAAAGACAAUGCAGAGACCAGAAGUCCUACUUCGAGGCCAAGUCCUGGGCCGAUAAGGACGAAGCGCUCCGCUCCCGCCUCGUCUUCGACCUGGACGGGAACGGCAUCAGCGGGCGAUACUACAAGCUCUUGGCCUCGAGGUCGGUGCCCCUGAAACAGACCCUGCUCCGGGAAUGGCACGAUGACAGGCUCGUCCCGUGGGUGCAUUACGUGCCCGUCAGUCUCGGCAUGGAGGAGCUCCCGGAGCUGGUUACGUACCUCACCACGACCGAGGCCGGCCAGCGAAGAGCCCGGCAGAUUGCGGAGCAGGGGAGGGAUUGGUACUCCAAGGCGUUUCGAGAAGUCGACUUUGCGGUUUAUUCAAGCAGGCUUAUGCUGGAAUUGGCGAGGCUACAGGAUCCCGACCGACAAGCACUUGGCAAAGUCACGAGGUCGACACCCUAGUGUGUAGGACGCAGAGGUGAUGUCGAUUAUCUUAUUAAUAUCCAACAAGCCACGCUUUUCCAGCUGUAUGAAACUGUUAUAUGUCUUUCAUAUCGCAUCGCAAAGACGAGCCAGGAGACAUAGACGCAGCGGGUUGAAUUGUGGCCAACCACGAGCAGCACGCGACUUUCCGGCUCAUGUUCGGCCAUAUCCAGCCGUCAACCGUACUGUUUUCAUCGAUGUUGGGUCACGGCUUAGACCUAAUAUGCUAUCGAGUUAGGUAGAGGCCUGAUGUCCCCUUUACAAGGGACAACGCAACCAAAGCGGCCAUUUGGUACAAGGGAGAGUUUUAUCAUUCAACAGUUUGCAUGUCAACAAGUGGCAACUUGCCAUUUGAUUGAAGCCUCCCACUUCGGGUCAGGGGGGG